AUGGAUCACCUUCCGGUUGAAAUUCUACAGCAAAUAUGCCUCAAUCUCGAGGGUCCUGCAUACUGUCCACCCAAAGACCUGUCAUCUUUCAGUCAGAUCAACCGUCUCUGCAACCAGGCGGCAGUCCCUAUACUGUACCGGAAGAUUACACUGAUAUGCGAUGCAUCCCAAGGCCUGGAGGCUGCCUUGUCGAAAGUGACAGAAGCCCCCCGGGCGAGUAACUUCACGAGAUUUGCUAGGAGGUUAUCCCUUGUGUGUAUUGAUUUGGCGCCAGAGUCUGAACCCGGACAAGCCCGGCCAUGGACGCUAGAGCCAUGGGCACUCAACAUGGUAACUGACCCACAUCCGGCGACGAGAAAAGGGUUCUUGGAGCAUGAUAUGACCUCUUGCUACUCAACAUCUGGCGGAGACUUACUUUCAAAUUGCCUAAGAAGCAUUGGGAAAACUCCAAACUGGGCACCGGUCGUGUCGCUCAUCGCGAGCUUGAACCGUCUUGAUCAAUUCGACUUUAUCACGGAAGACGACUUCUCAGCCGAUUUGACGGAAGCUUUUUGGCGCUACCACCCCAAUUGCAGGCUGAAUCUUCUCAGCAACCAAAAGGUGGGACCUAGUCCACUCUAUCCAGAUGCUGCAUCGGUGUCUAAAUAUGUAAACGAAUUCAGCGAAUUCAAGAUGGACACUCUUCAGCUACCGGGUCUUCACACCCUGACGACGGCGAUUUCCAUUUACUACAGGCGGUCGGUUGAACACCAACAACUUUGGGAGAUGAUGCCUUUCCUGUUCACUAGCCCGGGGCUAAAGCACCUUUGUCUGAAUCCCAGCGAUGGUGUUCAUCAAGCUGGAGUGGAUCUGCUGAAAGCGACAUGGCGAAGCUUGAUUGACAAAGUCAAGCCCAAGGCAGUAUCCCAGUUAGAAUCAAUCACAAUCCCCAGCAACCGGCCCGAAGGAAUUAUGCUUUCCAAAUUAGCUGCCGCAGGAGAUCUUUCUCAACUUCGCUCACUCGACAUUGGUUGCGUCUGUGAACCGGAGAAACUUGUCAACGUUGCCGACUUAUUGCCAAAUCUAAAGAGGCUUUUCCUUGAUCUCGAUCAAAGGGGUCGGAAUCCUGCGGCCCUCGAGACUGACACCGCUAAAUCAAUGGCUGGGAUACUUGCCUUUUGCCCCUUGGAAUAUCUCUAUAUCAGGGGCCUUCGCGAGGUUGAAGCCUUGGACAGAAUCAUCCAGUGUCAUGGAUCAUCAUUGAAGGGACUUGCUCUAGUUCCCAACAAGGUCCACCUGUAUCCCAGACUCAAUAAUUCCAAGCUACUCGAAAUGGUGAAUCUUUGUCCGAACCUGGAAGAGUUACGCCUUCAAAUGAAGAGGUCAGUAGGCAACAAAGCAGAGUGUGAGAUGUACAAAGCGCUAGGUACAUUCCCCAAUCUCCAAAGACUAUUUCUAGAUUUGGAUUUCGAUGCUCGACCAAAGGCACUGAGAACGGGAAGCAGUCUCGAAACAGACGAUCUUGAUCUCCGACGAACUUUCAUCAAUGCAGCCAUGGACGAGAACCUCGCUCUCCAGAUUUGGAGCAUGAUCAAAGACAUGAGCCCACGUUUGAAAGACCUUCGCAUUUUCCCAUACGGAAACAGGUGUUUUGCCCACGAGGAGCGUUACUUGCUCAACUGCUUUGCGCGAUCAUAUCGGCUUACAGGUUAUAACGUUGAGAACCCCGGAGUACCCGUCAUAGAGCAGAUUGGGAAAAGAGCAUGGGAGAUCCAACGAGCAAGGCAUAACAGUGGGCUUGAAUCUCCUCCUGAUAACGAGAUUCGUCUCUCUGGUAGAGUGGCGUCCGUCCUUCAAGGUAUCUGGCCCCAGGUGUCCGAGCAGACUUUCAGAAGCGAGUGGUGGGAUUGUUGGACCAGCCUACCUUUACAACCCAACACCCAGUCUUGGUGA